AUGGGAACUCAACAACAGACCAACAACAAUCUGAAGUUGAUUUCCCUUGUUGUAUUAAUUCUUCAAACAACCGCUUUAGUAUUGAUUUUAAGGUACUCAAGGACUCAGGUUACUGAAGGUCCUCGAUAUCUUUCUUCCACAGCAGUUUUAUGUGCUGAAAUUGUUAAAUUUCUGACUUGCAUCGUGGUUCUGUGGUACAAUCAUGGAUGGAGAUGGUCCGGCUUCCGGGGAGAGCUCUCACGAGAUAUUUUCUCAAAACCUGCCGAUACCCUCAAGGUAGCUGUUCCUGCUGUCCUCUAUGUGAUCCAGAAUAACUUAUUGUUCUUAGCUUUGUCGAAAUUAGAUGCCGCUACAUAUCAGGUCACAUAUCAACUGAAAAUAUUAACAACGGCUUUCUUCUCCGUCAUGAUGUUGCAACGAUCUCUUAGUGGUUUAAAAUGGUUUGCUUUAAUUCUGCUGACCGGUGGAGUAGCUCUCGUACAGAUGAGACCUGAUUCCGGAAGCGCCAAGUCAGCCGAAUCGGGAGAUAAUUUGAUCGGUCUUCUUUGUGUACUUGCUGCUUGUUUCCUUUCUGGAUUCGCUGGAGUUUAUUUCGAGAAAAUUUUAAAGAAUUCCAACGUGUCGUUAUGGAUGAGAAAUCUCCAACUUGCUUUCUUCUCCAUCUUCGGUGGAUUCUUCAUGUGCUACACCUAUGAUUACGAAGCUAUUGAUAAGAAUGGAUUCUUCCAAGGAUAUAAUAACAUAAUUUGGAUUGUUGUUAUGCUUCAAGCUUAUGGAGGACUCGUCAUCGCAUUGGUGGUUAAGUAUGCUGACAACAUUUUGAAAGGAUUUGCUGUUUCUCUUUCUAUCAUCAUCUCCACUUUCCUUUCAUGGUUCUUCUUGGGAGAUCUUCAACCUUCAUUCACGUUCAUCAUCGGAGCCGGUGUUGUCAUCGGGUCCACAUUCUUAUAUGGAUACGAGCCUAAAGUGUCUGUGCCUCACACUGCCUAA